GAAGACUGCGAGGGAUAGAAAGGCGGAGGAUUUCAGAAAUGCGGUGCCCCUACUGCUCGGGGGCGCAAGGUCGCUGCACAAUCACCACGUCAGGGCGGUCGGUGACGGAGUGUUGCUCUUGCGGGCGAGUGGUAGUGGAGCGACAGACACAGGCCCACGAUCUCUUCCUUCUGCGUGCUCAAGACUCCCCUCUCUGCCUUGUCACCUCUGACCUCUCUUCUCUCCCUUCUCCCGCUGCUGUGGGCGACACCAACGGUGACGACGAAGACCCUUUCCAGCCCACUGGCUUCAUCACUGCUUUCUCUACAUGGUCUCUUGAGUCCAGCCCUCUUUUUGCUCGCUCUUCCCUCUCCUUCGCCGGUCACCUCGCUGAACUAGAGCGAGCCCUCGACUCGUCUUCCUCCUCUUCUUCUUCCUCUACGAGCUCCUCCGGACCGGGUGGCGUUGUCGUUGUCGACAACCUUCGUGCUUAUCUCCAGAUCAUCGACGUAACUUCCAAAUUGGGUCUCGAUUACGAUAUCUCUGAUCACGCCUUUCAACUCUUCCGGGACUGUUCUUCUGCUACUUGUUUGAGGAAUCGCAGUGUGGAAGCACUUGCCACUGCUGCUCUGGUUCAGGCUAUCAGGGAGGCUCAGGAACCUAGGACACUCCAGGAAAUCUCAAUCGCCUCCAAUGUUCCCCAAAAGGAGAUUGGUAAAUACAUCAAGAUAUUGGGAGAAGCUCUGCAACUUAGUCAGCCCAUUAACAGCAACUCCAUAGCAUUCCACAUGCCAAGGUUUUGCAAUCUCCUCCAACUCAACAAGUCAGCCCAGGAACUGGCUACUCACAUUGGUGAGGUGGUGAUCAACAAAUGCUUCUGCACCCGGCGCAAUCCAAUUAGCAUCUCUGCUGCUGCAAUUUAUCUGGCAUGCCAGCUAGAAGACAAACGCAAGACCCAGGCAGAGAUCUGCAAAGUGACAGGUCUCACUGAGGUCACUCUAAGGAAAGUUUACAAGGAGCUGCUAGAAAACUGGGAUGAUCUUCUCCCAGCUAACUACACUCCUGCUGUCCCCCCGGAGAAAGCAUUCCCUACAACUUCAAUCACCUCAGGCCGAUCAUCAGCUCCUAGAACAGACCUGGCUGAUGUUGCUGCCUUGUUGGACAAAGAUAAGCAAGCUGAAGUUACCAUACCUAAUAAGUCAGCUGAGUUUUCAGAGACAGAUCAUCAAGCUAGAGGCAAAGAAGAGACUGAAAGUAAAGGCAAUUCUCGAGUACCCAAUUCUAGUUCAUCACCUUAUGGAGUGGGGAACACAGAACGUGUGUUGAAUAUUGCGACAAACAUCUGGCAGCCCCAACAGCCCCCGAUUCCACUUGGUACACCUGGUUCUCGGCCAACAGGUGAGAGGAAUCAGAUUUCUGGUCGAGGUAUUGAUAUCAAUGAGGCUCAGCUUAGCACUCCAGACCUUGAGGAGAAGGUUGAUAGAGAAGCUAAGGCUGGUAUAAGUUCUCAAAGGCCAAGCCCAUUUUCCAGUCCCCAAGCCUCAAGUGGGAGCUCUAACCCAUGGCAGUUUCAUUCUCCUUCUGUGACAAGGCCACCUCUUUAUGCUCAGUUUGUGCAGAAACCUCAGAUAAUGCCAGGUUUUCCAGAGCCCAAAGGGACUGGGAGUCAAAAGGGCAGUGAGAAAGCAGAUCGGGGUGGAGAUACUGAGAGACAAUAGCCUCGAGGCUCUGGGUAUCUAAUAGGGUGUCAUAUCAUGUUGCGGCUGCCUACGAAUAAGUUCUCAAUUUGUAAAUAAUCUUCAAAGCUGAGGGCUUAUCUUGUAAGUCAAUUUGUUUACUCACUUUCAGGAACCCUUACCUUGUAAGAUUUUUGUAUAAUGUCCUGUCACAUGAUCAACCAUCUCUUUGGAAGGUUUUAUUAUUAUUUUUUUGGUGAACA